UUAGCCCUCAUUGAAUAGGACAAAGUAAAACAAUAAACCAUUUUAAAAUUAUCAAAUUGAUGCAGAUUAAAUACUACCUGUUACAGGUAAAGUGGGCACUCCCAUGCUGCUAUUGAGAUUGUAACUCAACAAGCUGAAUGAAGUCUUAAAUUUCAUAGAUUUUGACUUAGUAGUUAUUUUCCAGGUAACUUUUCCUGAUGAAGUAAUUUGCUAUAUGUGCAAAGAUUUGACUGUUACUUAUAUUAAAAAAAUUAGAAAUAGCCUAUAUGAUCAAUAAUGAAGAUGGAUUAAAUAAUGGUAGAAAUAGCCUAUAUGUUCAAUAAUGACAAUGGAUUAAAUAAUAGUCCAUGUCAUUAAAAAGACUGGUAAGCAGAAAAUGCUCAUUAAAAGUAAGGGCGGGGUCUGUGUGAGGGGACUCAUGGCUGGAAUUCCAGCACAUUAUGGAGGCAAGUGGAUUGUUUGAGUCCAGGGGUUUGAGACCAGCCUGGGCAACAUGGCGAAACCCUGUCUCUAAAAAGUUUAGCCAGGCAUGCUGCACUUGCUUGUGGUGGCAGCUACUUGGGAAGCAGAGAUGAAACCAUCACUUGAGCCCAGGGAAGUUGAGGUUUCAGUGAGCUGUGAUCGCUGCCAGGACAACAGAGUGAGACCGUGUCUCAAAAAAAAAAGGGCAGUGUGGGGGGGGAGAAAACAGAUUAUAAAACUGAAUUCACAGUACAGUAUAGAUUUAAUUACAUAUGCAUAGGAAAAUAGGACACUAAGAGUGGGCAUCCCUGAAUGGUGGAAUUACAGAUGAUUUUAAUUAUUUUUGUUUUUUUUCUUUUCUGUGUCUGGGUUUUCUUUACUGAACACCCAAUAUGUUUUAUAAGGAAAAGGAAUUUUUAAAACUCUUAAGGUAAUGUAAUUGGUGUAGCUUUCUAGUAUAGUUUGGUGUUAUUUAUCAGUAGCCUCACCUUUUUCUUUGACUUGAUAAACACACCUCCAGAGGUAAGAACCAUAAAUAUCUAUCUACAGUGAUAUUUAUCAUGACAUGACUUAUAAUAGUGAUAUACUCGAAUUGUCUUAAAUAGAACAAUGAAUAAAUAUGGCUCUUUAGUGGACUUAAAGCAGAUCGGUAUUUUAUAAGAUACACUUAUAAGAUCCGUGUAUCUUAUAAAAAUUAUUUUAGAGGCGAGGCAUGGUGGCUCACGCAUGUUAAUCCCAGCAUUUUGGGAGGCUGAGGCAGGCAGGUCACCUGACAUCAGGAGUUUGAGACCAAGCUGGCCAAAAUGGUGAAACCCCAUCUGUACUAAACAUAUAAAAAUUAGCUGGGCAUGAUGGCAUACACCUGUAAUCCCAACUACUCGAGAGACUGAGGCAGGAGAAUUGCUUGAACCCAGGAAGUGGAGGUUGCAGUGAGCUGAGAUCAUGCUACUGCACUCCAGCCUGGGUGACAAAAAACAAAACAAAACAAAAAAAACCAAAAAUUAUUUUAGAAAUAUAUAUGGGUAUGGGUAAUCUCAGCACGCAGAGAUCUCAAGGCAGGCAGAUCAGGAGGUCAAGAGAUCGAGACCAUCCUGGCCAACAUGGUGAUACCCUGUCUCUACUAAAAAUGCAAAAAUUAGCUGGGUGUGGUGGUACGCACCUGUGGCCCCAGCUACUCAGGAGGCUGAGGCAGGAGACUCACUUGAAUCUGGGAGGCAGAGGUUUCAGUGAGCUGAGAUAGCGCCACUGCACUCCAUUCUGGUGACAGAGCUAGACCCUGUCUCAAUGAUGACAUAAGAAGUUGCUUAUACUGUGAUUUACCUGAAGAAAAAAUACUUUUUGUGCUAUUUUUCAUUUUAAAAAUAAUCGGUAAACAAUGGGAAGAAAUAAAAAUUGACCCAAUUGUUGAGUUAUCUUCUUUAUUCUUUUAUAAAGUUUUUACAGUGGUCUAAUUAUUUUAUAAGAAAAAAAUUAUAAAUAGCUUUGCUAAUUGAUAUAAAAUGAUAUUUAAACAUUUUUUGGCUUGUAUUGUUAUGGUUUCCAGGGAACUCUGAUUCUUAUUUUUACUCUUGAUUUUUUUCUUGUAUGAUUUGUUCAUGUCUUUGCCCAAUAUCUGUUAGCUUACUUGGAAAAGCCUCUGGGUGUUUUAUAUUUACUUCAGUUAGUUUCUCUAUUGUGUGCCGAAACAUACACAGUAGAGUACAAAUCAAGAUUUCCUCUGUCACUCAAAGCUUAGAAGAUCAUUUUUUUUAAAGAUCUGAUUUGUAAUUCUUUUAUUUUCUAUUUUCAGAUUUUCUUGUGUAUUGUAUCUUUUAUAAGGAGUUCUGUUUCUUGGCUUUCUGUUUUGCUCCAAUGAUGAUAUGUAUGUGUGGUUUUUUUUUUUAAUUGCCUGAAAAACUGAGUGAAAUAUUUAUGAGUCAUUAAAAAUAAAACAUUUUAAUGUUAUGAUUUGUAAAGAUGCAAGCAAUACAAAGGCUUAUAAAGUAAAAAGUAAAAACUUCCUGUUUACCUCCUAUUCUUGUUUACAUUCUUACGGGUAGUAACCACAUGUUAAAGUGUACACUUUUUUAAGUGUAUUGUCAUGUGAGUUUUGAGAACUGUUCACACUUGUGUAACCAUCAUUACAAGCACAAUAUAGGACAUUUCUGUCUAUCCAAGAAGAUCGCUGGUCUCCCUUCCUGCUAUACUGACUUUUUAUUCCCAUAGUUCAGUUUCGCCUGUUUCUAGACUUAAUGUAAAAGAGUACAGUGUGUACUCUUUUGUGUCUGGAUGUUUUGGCUUGGCAUAAUGAUUUUGACAUUCAUUUAUGAUAUUGCUUGUUUCUCUAGUUCUUUAUUUUUCAUUAUUAUUAUUAUUACUGUUUUUGAGACAAGGUCUCACUCUGUUGCUGAGGCUUGAAUGCCAUCACGGCUCACUGUAAUCUCAAUCUCCCCAGUCUCAAGUGGUCCUCCUGCCUCAGUCUCCCAAGUAGCUGGGACUACAGGUGCACACCACCACACCUGGCUAGUAGUUUGUUCUUUUUUAUUGUUUGGCAGUAUUUCAUUGUAUGAUGUACCACAGUUUAUUUGUCUGCUUAUUGAUAGAACGUUUGGGUUGUUUCCAGUGUUCGGGAACUAUGAAUAAAGCUGCCCCAGACAUUGAUGUACAAGUCAUUGUUUGGACUUACAUUUUCAUUUCUUUUGGAUAAAUACCAAAUUAUGAUUACUGGGUCAUAUGGUAAGUGUAUGUUUAACUUUGGGAAACUGGUCGUUUCUUAUAAAAUGGUUGUACCAUUUUACAUUCCCAGCAACUGGGUAUGGAAAUUCCAGUUACUCUGGAUCCUUACCAGUACUGGGUAUUUUAGUCAGUCUGGUGGCUGUGCUGUGGUAUCUCACUGUGGUUUUAAAUAGCUUUUCCUUGAUGAUUAAUGGUAUUCAGCGUCUUUUUAUGUGCCUAUUGGCCAUUUGUAUAGCUUCUUUUGUGUCUGUUUAAAUCUUUUGUAUCUUUUAAAAAUUGGGUUGCUUUGUGUUGCUGAGUUGUAAAGUUUCUUAGCAUAUUUGGAGCACAAACCCUUUACCAGCUGUGUAUUGCAGACAGUUUCUUGCAGUCCAUAGCUUGACUUUUCAUUUGUUCCUUCUCUUCCAAUACUUACAUUCUCUUUCUUUAGUUGACUUGCCAGAACUUUUUUUUUUUUUUUAAAUAAGAGAUGAGGAUCUCCCUAGGUUGCCCAGGCUGGACUUGAACUUCUGAGCUCAAGUGAUCCUCCUGUCAGUCUCCUGAGUAGGUGGGACUAUACAUGUGCGCCACCAUGCCCAGACCAGAACUUAAUUUUAUUAAAUUGUAUGGGUGUUGCUUUUUAUUUCCACUUUCUGGGUACACAGAAGCUUGUGACCAAGAUUAUAUUUGACUUGAAGGAUGAAUGGGGUGGUAUGUUCAUCUUUAUAUUCUUCCAGAGCUUUAAAUUUUAUGUUCUUUAAAAAUCUGGAUUUAGGGUCAGGCGCAGUGACUUAGGCUUGUAAUCACAGCACUUUGGGAGGCUAAGGCAGCAGGAUUGUUUGAGCCCAGCAGUUUGAGGCUGCAGUGAACUACGAUCACGCCAGUGCACCCCAGCUUGACUUAAGAGUGAACUGUUUCUACAACAAAAAAACGAACAAAAUGUACCAUUGUUAUUAACUACAGUUACUUCUAUUGGUGAUAGAUAAUUUUGUCAAAUUCAUCAUCUGUUUAUUCAGUUUUCUAUAUCUUGAAAUACAAGCUUUAUGUGUAAAUAUGUUCCUAAAAAUUUGGUGUGAAAACGUCUUAAGCUUCUCAACUUUAUUGUACAACUGUGGUUAAAAAGUAUCUUAUUUUUGUUACAGCCUCUUUCCCUUAAAUAUUUAUAUCAUCUGAAUAUUUUUCUUUUUUUUUUUUAGUGUUAACUACAUGUCACCAUACUGCUUCUGCUUUUUCGGGGAAUCUGAAAUGAUUAAGAAUAGUCCCCUAUUAGUGGUACUCAUUUAAGUUUCUGAGAAUGGUGUACCUCCCCCCCAAGAAACCAGUUUUUUGUUUUUUAAUUGAGACAGAGUCUUGCUCUGUCUUCCAGGCUGGAUUGCAGUAGCACAAUCAUGGCUCACUGUAGCCUUGACCUUCCUGGCUGAAGCGAUUUUCCCACCUCAGCCUCCAGAGUAGCUGGGACUACAGGUGUGUGCCACCAUGCCCGACUGAUUUUAAAAUUUUUUGUGUAGACUGGGCCUCCCAAAGUGCUAGAAUUACAAGAUGUAAGCUGCUGAGCCUGGCCAGGAAGCAGUUCUUAAAUUAUCAGGACUAUCAAUGAAUAGACCUUGUAUUUUUCCUUAUUUUGUUCUGUUUUCCUUUGGGUUUGUUUUCUAAAAUCAUAAUUCAUUGCUGUGUUUUUCCAUCUUUUAAUGAACACAUUCACAUUUCACUGUGAAUACUACAUUAGUCAUUUGGAUAUUUGUUGAAUCUUGUUUUUAAAUUUUUUUGUUUGUUUGUUUCUCUUUUAAGAGGCAGGGUCUUACUCUGUUGCCCAGGCUGGGGUGCAGUGGCACAAUGAUAGCUUACUGUAGGCUCCAACUCUUGGGCUAAAGCAGUCCAUCUGCUUCAGCCUCUUGAGUAGCUAGGACUAUAAGCAUGUAUCACCACACCUGGCUAAUUUAUUUUUAUUUUUAUUUACAGAGAUGAAGUCUCACUAUGUUGCUCAGGCUGUCCUUGAACUCCUGGGCUCAGAUGACAUCCCACCUCGGCCUCCUGAAGUGCAGGGAUUACAGGCGUGAACCACUGUGCCUGUUCCUGUUUUUUAAUUUUCUAAAGUGAAAUGUGUCCCUUCAUCAUGUGAAUUUUUAGUAUCUAUUUAAAAUUUAAGUCUUUGUUGAUUUCUGCUUUUUUGUUCUAUUUUACUUUUGGCAUCAUGGCCAGAAAUUUGCAAGUUUUAGAAAUUAGAAAAAGUCCUAUUUUGUAACAGAUUAUGAUCCAACCAUUGAAGAUUCUUACACAAAGCAGUGUGUGAUAGAUGACAGAGCAGCACGGCUAGAUAAGAUCAAAAAUUAUAUUAGCACCUGCACUAAGUAUGUUUUUGGGGGCAGUGAUCAUAACUCAGAUUUCUUUCUUGAAUUUACAGUUUUGGAUACAGCAGGACAAGAAGAGUUUGGAGCCAUGAGAGAACAAUAUAUGAGGACUGGCGAGGGCUUCCUGUUGGUCUUUUCAGUCACAGAUAGAGGCAGUUUUGAAGAAAUCUAUAAGUUUCAAAGACAAAUUCUCAGAGUAAAGGAUCGUGAUGAGUUUCCAAUGAUUUUAAUUGGCAAUAAAGCAGAUCUGGAUCAUCAAAGACAGGUAACACAGGAAGAAGGACAACAGUUAGCACGGCAACUUAAGGUCACAUACAUGGAGGCAUCAGCAAAGAUUAGGAUGAAUGUAGAUCAAGCUUUCCAUGAACUUGUCCGGGUUAUCAGGAAAUUUCAAGAGCAGGAAUGUCCUCCUUCACCAGAACCGACACGGAAAGAAAAAGACAAGAAAGGCUGCCAUUGUGUCAUUUUCUAGAAUCCUUUCAGUUUUAGCUACCAACUGCCAGGAAAAGCCCUUAUCUCCUCUUCCUCUCCUCAGUUUACAUCUUAUUUGGUACCUUUCUAGCCUUAGACAAAUGAUCACCAUGUUAGCCUUAGACCAAGAAGCUGGCUAGUCAGUCCUUUCCGUGAAGCUAAUACAAUGGUCAUUUCCAGACAAAUUUAAAGGAAACACUAAGGCUGCUUCAAAGAUAUCUGAUUCCUUUAAAAUAUGUGUCUAUAUACACAGACAUGCUCUUUUUUUAAGUGCUUACAUUUUAAUAGAGAUGAAUCAGUUUUGGAAUCUAAGCUGUUUGCCAAGCUGAAGCCACAGGUUGUGAAAUAAUUUUUAACUUUUGGAAUCAUACUGCCUACUGUUACUCUAAAUAGAAAUAUAGGGAUUUUUUUUUAAUGUGAAUUUUUGCCUAUCUUUAAAAAUUUCAAUGUCAGCCUUUGUUAACCUUAAAUACACUGAAUUGAAACUACAAAAGUGAAACAUCUCAGACCUUUACUGAUACUACAGCUUUUGUUUUCUGGUGGCCAAAAUACCAAAAUGCCUAUCGUAUUUAUGGAUUAAAAACUGCUCAUAAAAGCCUGUGUUAUUACUCCUACUCUUGAAGAUGAUAAUAUUCUACGUGGUCAAAUAUUUGGACUCAUUCAGGACUUAAACAUUUCAGUGUACUUGAUUUUUUAAUUUAACUCUUUUUCACAGCCACGCUAAGGGUAAAAAUAGUUUGUCUUCCUUUUCAAGUAUUUCUGGAUAAGGGAUUUGAAAAAUUAAAACUGUUUUUGUUUGCUGUAAUAUAAAAUAUGGAAUUGAUCUUUCCGGGGUCAGAGAUGAUUAAUGUUUUUGCUAUAUACUUUUUAUACAUUAUUUUCUUAUCAAACUAGUUAACAAGUAUUUUUAUAUGUUUGUAAGCAGAUAUGCUUUCACAGCAUACCUUGUGUAUAUGUAAAGAUAAGUAUUUAAUUCUCACUGUUCACUUUUAACUGACAAAGAAAAACAAGUGGAAACUGGAGAAACUGUGGUAGAGCUUUUACUUGCUGGUCUGGUCUUGGUUAUACCCAUCUUUGGCCAGUCACAUAUCUACUCAAGAAACCUUCCCAACAGAGUACAACAGGAUGAGACUCUGAAAUCACUUCUAAUGUUCCCUGCUAGAUACUGAUUGUUAUAUCAAGUAUUAAGUGUAAGCUUUUAAUGGACAAUUAGUAUAACUGUGGAUGGCAUCUGAUUUUGUUUUUAAUUCUGUGGAUUGUGUUUAAGCAAUUCAAUAGUAUGUUCCUGAUUUUGAGAUGCUAAGUGGUAUUGCACAGUUGUCACUUUAUCAAGUGUGUACAACAGUCCCAUGAAGUUUAUAGAGCAUACCCUUGUAUAGCUUCAGGUGCUAGAAUUAAAAUUGAUCUGUUAUCACAA